AUGGGCAAUGCUCAGUCCUCGGUCGAAGGCUCUGAGAAUGGCCCUGAGAAAGGUCCUGACAAGGUCCGCAGGACAACUCAGAAGCUGACCAAACCGCGAACCGGCAGCUAUGCGGCAGCUGGCCUGUUGAAUCCUAAUGGCUCGGUCGACUCUCGCAGGCGCCUCUCGACCACGAGAACCUACUCACGUCCUUAUGGCACUUCGCCCGCGUCGUCUCCUAUGCUUCACCCUUCGGAAAAUGGGUCCACGACUGGACAGGUGCACCUAGAUGAGCCCACGGAGCCCGAUUCAACGGGUCGCUUAACGAGGAAUCUCUUCCGUUCACUGUCACAACUUUCCCGUCGCAGGUCACGGUCGCGAAAAGACAGCAUUGGGGACAAACCCAUUCCGGAGAGCACUCGGCCGAGCAGGGCCAGUUCUGUGAGUUACGCGGCUCCAGAAAGCUCUUACUAUAUACAAGCUGGCAAUCUCAAUUGGUCGGCAACAGUAUCCCGUGUUUCAGCCAAUUACGACCUCACGUCGUAUGAGGGAAAGCGAUUGUUGAAUUUAGCUGAGGAGUCCCUGCACGAAGACAACUCGAUCAUGUCUGAAAGUCAAUUCGAAGUUAUCAAGCCGAGACGGAAAAGUAUGAUUUCCCAGGCCCCGGCUGAGCUCCCGCCGGCAGUAGCCAUAGCGAGGGUGAAUUCAGACCUCUCUCUCUACUCGACGCCCAUGCGAAGACGAUCACUCCUUCAGACUCCGGGGGUUGCAACGCGUGCGCCACCUGUUCCAGCACUCACUCCAAGAAUGAAGGCAAGAUACAGCUUGCCCUCAACUCCUGCACGUCGCGAUUCAUUCGAUGGAUUUGACGCAUUCGAGGCAAGCAUGCAGUCAUUGGCCCUUCCGGCGAGCGACCCCGAUUCCAUACCUCGAGCAGCCACUCCGUGCGAAGAACCUUAUCAACAGAUGGGCGCUUUCAAGCUUGGCUCCUUGCGUAUUACAAAUGGCAGUCCGGCGAGGAGCCCAGCUCUCGACCACAACCAGUCCAAACACGAAGCCAGACAGAUCGAUGAUUACUUUAUCCCACAGAAGGAGGCGAAUCACGUUGGGCCCGAAACGAAGACGACGACGUCGGAUAUCGUUACCGACAAGACGAAGGUGCAGAAGAGCCCUGUUCAUUCCAGUCUUGCGUUUAACACUUCCCCCUGCCGCGGUUCUGAAGGCUCACCUUCUGUGUUUGAAGCACCGAAGUCGACAUUUCCCACUUCAGCGUUUCCUAAGUUCCUCCCAGAGAUACAAUUGAGCCCGCUUUCACUGGAAGGUUCCGAAGCUGGCACGUCCGAGUUGCAGACCACGAGCAAACAUACCGCAGCCGAAGACGAGCUAUUCGAGGUGGAAUCGCCAGAUUCUCCACAGUUUGAGGUGUUGGACGUCCGCGUUGACCUCAGCGCCAAGUCCCUUCCGCCUCGACCAAGACUGAUAUCAGAGGAUAGGGGUUCCCACGAGAUCAGAAGAACCGACAGUGGUCUCGUCCCGAGUCCAAUAUCUGAAUAUUCGCAUAAGGCCCUCGCAAAGGCAGACUCGGGAUACAGCUCAAACGUCUCAUUACGUUCUUUUUCAGCAAAGCCAUCCAUUGCGGAGAAGCGCCGCUCACCUGUGGCUGGGAUAGAAAUCCCGCCCAAAACUCCGCCGAAAGAUCCCUUUGCUACAACUUAUUCAAGUCCCACUGUGGUUGCCACACCAGCGACCACGGUUUCGAGACCUGUGAUAAAUGCGCCAGCUCCACCCGUUCCAGAAAAAGAUCAGCCGUCCCUAGUGCGUCCAAGAGCAUUGACAGAGGUACCUCAAACUGCUCGCCAACACUUUUGGCCUCGUCAUCAAGUAAGCUGGUCCAAGAAUUCAAGAAAUGUGCCUUCGCCAAUAAGCAGCCGCUUCCAAGAUAGUGCCAAGCCGACCCAAGGGACGUCUCCUUUGAGCCCCACGAGCCCUGCCGCAUCUCUUUCUGCCUUGAGCAUUGGCAGUCGUGUGCGCAAACCUGGGAAGCUCCAGAGACUCUUGAGCGGCGCUACUCGUAAACCCCUGCCAUUGCAUGAGACGCAUUCGCCGGGGCACAGGGACAUUCCUGCAGUUUCGGAAGAAGUGCAAGCAAAAUUUAGUCAACACACCGGCUUGUUCCCCUUACCAUCCAUGAGGUCAGCCCUGAAACCGGAGCCUAGCCAAGAGACCCUCGGAACGAUUGUGAGCGUGGGCAGUUCCGAGAUUCCUUUAGGGAAAGACGUACCACCACUGCCCACAUUAGCCGACGAUGAAAGUGAAGAGGGAGGCAAAGCACAACGCCAGGAACACACCUUGAAACAUCAAAAAGUCUUUCGCAGCGCCUCGGCAGCUUCUCCUAUCUCCUCAGCCCGCAAGUCUAUCAUUCGAAAGCCGGUGCCCAUCCGCCAGCUCUCCGAUGGUGGAUUCCACCUAAUAGCGUCUGGAACAGUUGACCAUGCCCUGGGGACCAGAGGCCCAUCUUUGGACUUGGUGCGGAAGAGUCUGGAGGCAGGCGCUUUCGAUGCAACGUUUUCGGCCAUGGCGAAUGAGCGUGAGUCGUCUUUGACAAUACCAUCAAGUGUGGCCAGGUCAAACACGAUGACGGCUCAGGUAGAGAGAGAAUCUGAGACGCGCUAUGCGGCCUCAGAUGAGCCAGAGGUUCAGCCUUCCCCCGCUGUAGCUUCAUGUACGUCCUUGGAGCCUCCAGCUGCCGCCGCGCAUAUCAGAAAACCCAGGACACCACCACCGGUCAGCAUGAGGACGAGGAACAUGGGAUCCGUGCGAGUCCCUCCACCCCCCAGGCCACAGUCAACCCCACCGAACGCAGUUCAGCCUUGCGCUCUGCCUGCUCUGUCCCGCAAAACUAGCAGAGAGAGCAUAUACAGCUACCCUGCUGUGAGUGGCUCUGCGCCCAUAUCAAGACAAACGAGUCGAGAAAACAUAUACAGUUACCUACCAGUUCAGCAGCAAUACCAUGCUCGAGAACGGUCCAUGACUGCACCUCCACCUCCUGCUCCGCCCAUGAACCCUCGACGAUCUCUCAGUUUUAUGACCGAGAAGGGGGAGCAUCGUAGACCUAUCUGGGAAGUCCAGACGGACCAUGGUGGUUCAACUUCUCAAACGUCUUCUGUGUCUCAAACCUACAACAGCUCACUUUCGUUCCAGCCGGGACAGCCAGUUGCUAUCAUGCUAAAGCCAAGGACGUCCCGGGAGUGGCAGGCUCCCAUUGUGCCAACUCUUCGUCAAAGAGUCAGCUACGACGACUACAGUAAUAUUUUGGUCCAGGAGGAAGCCCAGAGCUUCUACCAGGACAAUGGGCCUUACCCGUCGAUGCCCAGGGCUGAUGGCAACGUCUAUGUUAGUGAUCCUUGGAGCGGACGGCCGAUGCCGCAACAAUGGGACCAGUAUGGCCGACCUCCACUUCAGGUCCCGCGUGGUCACCAGCGAAAUGGCUGCCUCGAUCAAUUUGGAAACCCUGCGCCGUUCCGAGUAUUGCACAGCUACAACUCUCCAGCAUAUAAAAACGUGCCCAUCUGGGGCUAG